UCUGCUGAAUCAUCAUUGUCUCCAGCAGGGUGGCUGAGAUAUGGCGACGAUGCAGCAGCAAAGACGGCCAGGAACCCAGUCUCAGGCCACCAGAGACCCAAUUCCGAGCGCUCCACCGCAAUACGAGGUCCUGUAUCCCUCCCUGUCCUCCACGACGGCCAGUACUACUACCGUUGAUUCCCUGUCCACCAGGAGACUGACUCUGGCCCAGAGCUACUUUGACACUGCCAAAAAUUAUGUAUCAGAGGCUCUAAGUAAGGAUGAGAGGGGAGAGAGGAUGGAGGCACUGGAGCUGUACAACCAAGUCCUGUCCACGCUCAGUCUCGGACUGGGACAGGUGAGGAAUGGAACCGGGCCCGGCAUGACAGAGCUCAGGAAUAAACUGGUGAAAAUGAGGGAUCAAGUAAAGGCAAGGAUGGAGAUCCUACUCGAACAAGAGAUACAAUCACGACAAGAAAUGUCUGCCUCAGUUGCCGACCGGUCACCGAAACCGGUUUCCAGAACUGGUCAGACGAGUCUGACUACCUCCACGACCAGUCGGGCAGGGAGUUCUACUGCUGAGUCAGCUGGUGGAACUAGACAGAGUGCCAAGGCCGACCUUGUCUUCAAUGUGGACUCUGGUAUAGGUCUGUUCCAAGUUGACAAGCAGGACCACGUCAGAAAGUUUGAAGACGUUGACACGCUCAGUGUGUUCCGGUACCACGACAGGAUCAAGGGCCAGCCACCCGCCUUCCUCCAGUGCGGGGGGUUCAUCUACCCUCUGAUUCCAGGGAGGUCCCCCGUGCUCAAGGCCAGCGAAAAUGUCUACAUGUUCCCCGACCUCAAGGGGGAAGACGGGUGUACAGUGGGUCUGACAUUGGAGGGGAGCAUCCAAAGAAGAAAUUGCUGAGCUGGACAGACUGUUAUCCGUCAUGGCAGACAUGAGGGCCCCAGAGACUGGCCUGAAACAGGCAGUGAAGGAGGGAGAGAGGGAGAAGGAGGGAGAGAGGGAGAGGAGGGAAGUGAGGGACAGUGUGAAAGAAGGAAGGAAGAGAAGCCAACAUGGGGCACAACCAUUGCUGGGGGUAUUGAGAAAGGGGUGGGGUUCGUGUCAAAGGGCAUUGCCAUAGGAACGGAAGCAGCCAGCAGCCUCAUCUCAAAGGGAGCUAGCAAGUUGAGAGAGAAAAUAGAACCAAAUGAAAAACCGACUGAAAUACCAGAGUCUGUUCAGAAAGGAGUCCAUGUCGCCAAGAAAGCCACCGGUUGUGUGGUGGGUGUUAGUGAUUUCCUGAUGAUAUCGCUGGCUAAACUGACAGUUGCCGUGGGGAAACAGGUCAAAGAUGCAGUGGCUGACACCGAGUAUGUCAAGUCAAAGGAGAUGAAUCCUCAUGCCAAAGAGGCUUGGAAGGUGACAAAGUCAGGGGUCAAAGGAGCUGCAGCAGUGUUUGGAGACUUGGAGAGAGGAGCCUCAGCUCUCCUGACCUCAGUCUGUCACCAGACUGCCACCACCGUGGAACACAAGUAUGGUGAGCAGGCUGGUAAUGUCACAGCUGAGUCACUGGAAACCGGCAGGAGCGUGGCCAAACUCACAUAUACCUACUGGAGCUGGAAGACAUGGGGCAUCCAGUUCCUGGGAAAGGUCGGAGAGGUCAUCCGGAGAUCAGACGACAAGUCCUCCUCAUCAUCUCCUUCCACUAACAACCACUAGCUUCCUACCACAUUCCGUUUCCUUCAUCUCUGUUAAUAGAACACUCACUCAUGUUCAAAUACCACAUUUUCCAUGCGUGUACAGUGUUGUAUAUACUAUUUUUUCAAAGGAUUGUCUCUACCAUCAACAA